AGUUGUUUUCACAGUUUUGACAUGUAGCGUACUUUAUUGUGGAAAAAUUGGAGCAAAAGGCCCCAAUUCCCAAAUCAAAAUGAUAACCAAAUGCUAAAUUUCAACCAACAUCCUUUGGGUUGCCUAUCUGCUUUCUACUCGCACCUCACCCAACAUAUGGUUUGAAUUUGAUGAUCCUUUUACUUUUAAUGUUACAAAAAAUCCAACUUUAUACUGUUCUCCAAGAUUGCUUGUACUUGGUCUAGGUUUUAAGUUGCCUCAAUAACUCUCUUGUUCUUUAUCUGAAUUUUCUCCUUUUUCGUAAGAAUCUUGUUUAAAGUCGGAUUCUCUUCAUACUGUUGUCGGCAGGUGGUGAGUAACUGAGUAUCAUGAAAAUGUGGGAACAUAAUUCAUCUUCACCAUGGACUUCGAUUCUCUUUUGAUGAUUAUGCCCACUAGUGAACUGGGUUCCUUUGAUUCUCCGUGGAUUCAUCAGCUUCAUUGGUUUCUGCGGAUUCUUUGAAUUGCGUAAGGUUCGCAAUUGUUCUAACAAAAAGCGUUAAUCGAUUGAUAUGAUUAGGGGUAUGGGUUGGCUAACUAAAAUUUUAAAAGGGUCCAGCUCAAGCCAUAGAAUCUCAGAAGGUCGAUAUCAUGACAGAUACGAAAAUGAAGAAGUUUGGGAGGAGCCUCCUUCUACAGAGGAUGCAUUGUCAGACUUUGAUCAGGAAGAAAUUGACAGAGCUAUUGCAUUUUCCCUUGUUGAAGAAGAUGAGAGAAGUGCACUUUCCCUUGUAGAAGAUGACAAAAAAAGUGCACGUUCAAGUGUACAUGAACAUGAAGAAGAAGAAGUAGAAGAAGAAGGUUCUGUUUCUUCUCUAGAAGAAGAUCAUAAUGAUGCAGUUUCAUCUCCAGAACCAGAACAACAUAACAGAGGAUCAAAUUAUCCCUCUGAAGAAGAUCAUAAAGGAAAAAAAGUAAUUGAUGAAGAUUCUCAUUUGGAGGAAGAAGAUGAGCAACUCGCCAAGGCUAUUCAAGAAAGCUUAAACAUGAACUUGAACUCACCACCACGAAAUAACCAUGGAAGCCUGUUUCCUCGUUUGCCAAGUUUCUUUCCAGGUGUAUACAGGAUAUGUGCAGGUUGCAAUGGUGAAAUUGGUCAUGGGAGAUUUUUAAGCUGCAUGGGAGGCGUUUGGCAUCCAGAAUGCUUCCGUUGUCAUGCUUGCAAUAUUCCAAUAUCUGAUUAUGAGUUUUCCAUGUCUGACAACCGUCCGUUCCACAAAUCAUGCUAUAAAGAACAUCAUCACCCAAAAUGUGAUGUUUGCAAGAACUUUAUACCUACAAAUGGGGCUGGUUUGAUCGAGUACAGGGCACAUCCUUUCUGGCUACAAAAGUAUUGUCCUAGCCAUGAACAUGAUGGGACCCCUCGAUGUUGUAGCUGUGAAAGAAUGGAACCAAGAGACACAAAAUAUCUGUUGCUAGAUGAUGGAAGAAAGCUAUGUUUGGAGUGUCUUGACUCUUCAAUAAUGGAUACUCAUGAAUGUCAACCCCUUUAUCUUGAAAUCCAAGAUUUUUAUGAAGGGUUAAAUAUGAAAAUUGAGCAACAAGUUCCAUUGCUUUUGGUUGAAAGACAAGCUCUAAAUGAAGCCAUGGAAGGAGAAAAACACGGUCAUCAUCAUAUGCCUGAAACUAGAGGACUUUGUCUUUCAGAAGAGCAAACCAUUAGCACUAUAAUAAGGAGGCCAAGGGUAGGGGCAGGUAGAAUAAUAGACAUGUUUACAGAGCCUUAUAAACUUGUUCGUAAAUGUGAAGUGACAGCUAUUCUCAUUUUGUAUAGUCUCCCUAGGUUAUUGACGGGGUCAAUUCUGGCUCAUGAGAUGAUGCAUGCAUGGCUCCGGCUUAAAGGAUACUCUAAUCUUCCUCCUGAUGUUGAAGAAGGGAUUUGCCAAGUUCUUGCUCAUAUGUGGUUGGAUUCUGAGAUCAUGGCUGGAUCUAGUGGCACUAAUGCUGCAGCUGCUUCAUCAUCAUCAUCAUCAUCAUCAUCAUCUGUUCCUGUUUCAUCAAAGAAAGGCAAAAGGUCACAGUUUGAGAAGCAACUUGGUGAGUUUUUUAAACACCAGAUUGAGUCAGAUACAUCUGCAGCUUAUGGAGAUGGAUUCAGAGAAGGUAAUAAGGCUGUGCUCAAGUAUGGGCUUAGAAGCACUCUGGAACAUAUUAGACUUACUGGAAGAUUUCCUUGCUAGUCAACUGGAAAGUCAAUGGCUUUUGAGUAUUAAAAGAAGAAAAGAUGAAUAAAGAACUGUUCCCAUGAAUGGUUCCAACUUCCAAACCCUAUUUGGAAAGUGGCAUUACAGGAUUUUUGGUUUUUACUUUCUACAACUGUUGAUAUAUAGGGUAAAAAAAUGAAAUGUGAUGAUAUAGAAUGACAUGUGUUUCUAUUUAUACAAGACCUCAGUUUAGCCC